GGGGUAGGGAGAAAAGCAGAGAUGAAAACGUGUGUUUUGUACUGCGCCUUCAGAUGUAAUAGGAAGUUCCAGAAACAGCGGGCAGCAUAUGCAAAAUAACAGUUUAUUUUCUUAUUGACAACUCUCGUGAAGUGAAAUAAUGUCCGUCAUAGCAGAGGAAAAUGUCCGUGGCGGUAGUGUUUUCAAAGAGAUCAGUGCUGAUGACGAAGACAAUCAACCCACCGAAAUCGAGAGUCUGUGCAUGAAUUGUUACCAAAAUGUAAGUAGCUAGCUAGGUAACGCUAACUAGCUAGCUAACACACAGACCAGUUAAUUUAACGUAUGGAAUUGUCUAUCGCUGUAUGAUUGACUGUCAUCCAACAUGUAUUCUCUCAAUCUUUGUAGGGAAUGACACGUAUUCUUCUUACGAAGAUUCCUUUCUUCAAAGAAAUUAUCAUCAGUUCUUUCACCUGCCCCAACUGCAGUUGGUCGAACACUGAAAUCCAGUCAGCUGGUCGCAUACAGGAUCAAGGCAUCACCUACACACUCAAUGUCAAGUCAAAACAGGUAGCCUAUCUAACUUUAUUUUUAUUUUUUAUUAUUCAUAAAAAAUAUAAAAAAUACAGUAACAUGUAAAACACAACCGAACAGCCAGAGGGAUUACACAAAGAAAUAAGGAAGAGAGAAAAAUAAAUAAUAAUAAUACAAAUCCACAUUAUAUCAAAUCUAAUAGACAUGUAACGAAUACAUUUUUUUGACAUUUUGUUUUGUAUAUGUUUUAAUGAUGCUAAAUAGUUGAGCAAAUCUGCUUUUUUUUUUUUUUAAGGGCCUUUUUCUUCAUACGUUUUUAUUUGUGUAUGAAACAUUUUCCUAAUAAAAUAAGAAGAUUUAUGACAUACUGACGUUCAAUUGUGGAAUCAGUGUAGUAAAAUAAUAUUUUUAACUUAGAUAUUUCAAUGGCUAGGGAGGGCAAAUGAAUGGGCUGCUGCACAGUCACUAUGGGAAGUAGCUACCAGAUUGUAAUGGGUUAAUGUGAUGCUCCAUUAUCCGUUACAGGAUGGGUACUGUUUGGCGUAGCACAGAGUUUUCAGCCAACCUAAACUUGGCGAUACUAUCUUCCAGUUGCAGGUGAUUCAUUUGAAUUUAUCAAAUGCUCCGGUAUUAAAAUAAAUACAUAUUUUGCUCCAUUAAUUAAUCCAACAAUAUGAUCGAGACAGGUGAGCGUCAUCAUGACAUUAGGCACUUUGGGGUGGACCCUCCUGUCUCAAUCAAUGAAAGAAUAUUUGAAAUAGACAAGAUGGUGGUGUACACAUUGUUGGAUUACUUCAUUUAGCUUACAUUUAUUUUAACUGAGCAUUUGAUAAAUUAAAACAAGCCACCUGCAACUGGACACGGACAUUUUAAAAGAUAGAUGUUUGGCCAAAUAGAGAACGAAGAUAGUAUUGCCAAAAUAAGGUUGGUCGAAAAUUCUGUGCUACGCCAAACAGUACCUAUCCUGUAACAGCUAAUGGAGCAUUACAUUAGCCCGUUACAAUCUGCUAGUUAUAUGGGAACUCUUUCUAGAACACCCAGUCAAAUUUAGCAUAAGAUCAUUUUUAAACUCUCUAAAUGGUUAAACUAGUGAGAAAUAUACAGUGCCUUCAGAAAGUAUUCAUACCCCUUGACUUAUUCCACAUUUUGUUGUACAACAUGGAUUCAAUAUAUUUUUUUCUCAGCCAUCUACACACAAUACCCCACAAUGACACAUUUUUGCAAAUGUACUGAAAAUGAAAUACAUAAAUAUCUCAUUUACAUAAGUAUACACACUCCUGAGUCAAUAUCACCUUUGGCAGUGAUUACAGCUCAGUCUUUCUGGGUAAGGAUCUAAGAGCUUUCCACACCUGGAUUGUGCAACAUUUGCCCAUUUCUUCUUUUCAAAAUUCUUCAAGCUCUAUCAAAUUGGUUGUUGAUCAUUGCUAGACAACCAUUUUCAAGUAUUGCCAUAGAUUUUCAAGCAGAUUUAAGUCUAAACUUUAACUUGGCCACUCAGGAACAAUCAAUGUCGUCUUGGUAAGCGACUCCAGUGUAGAUUUGGCCUUGUUGUAGGUUAUUGUCCUGCUGAAAGGUGAAUUCAUCUCCUAGAGUCUGGUGGAAAGCAAACGGAACCAGGUUUUCCUCUAGGAUUAUGCCUGUGCUUAGCUCCAUUCUGUUUCUUUCUUUUUAUCCUGAAAAACUCACCAGUCCUUAACAAUUACAAGCGUGCCCAAAACAUGAUGCAGCCACCACUAUGCUUGAAAAUAUGGAAAGUCGUACUCAGUAAUGUGUUAUAUUGGAUUUGCCCCAAACAUAACACUUUGUAUUCAGGUCAAAAAGUUAAUUGCUUUGCCACAUUUCUUGCAGUAUUACUUUAGUGCUGUGUUGCAAACGGGAUGCAUGUUUUGGAAUAUUUUGUAUUCUGUACCAGCUUCCUUAUUUUCACUUGUCAACAGGAAACAGCGACAGCAUCAUUUUCAAGUUGUUUUAAGAAUAAAAAUGGAACUUUCAACAGUCAUUUCCAAUAGUAUUCUAAUUAAUCAACUAAAAGCUGCAGAAUGAAUCCAGAAAUGUGCUGUGAUAUAUUUAUUUUGACAAUAUACCAAAACUCGUGAAAACAAGUUUGUCCUGUCUAAUCUAACUAGGAUGCAGCUUCUUUCCCAGUUAUAUGCUGAACCACUGACCAGUGGUAGGCUUUGAGAUGUAGUGAGCUGGCUUCCCUAAUAAAUCAGCCUGUGAUACCGAUUCUUAGUAUACAGUCUGAAACAAAGCAUUGCAAAAACUUGGAAAGUUUCCUUACAAGCCAGAAUGUUUAAUAACAUUACAUUUUAACUUACUCUACCGGUUGUCAGUGAGGUUGGUCCUUCAGUGGGUAGAAAUUUGAGACAAAAUAUUCACAGGAAAGUAUUAUUACCCAACUUUUUAGAGCGCUGGUACUGCCGUUUACAUUUCUAUCACCUGGCACUUGUGCAAAACCAUAAACACCUGCAAGACUUCUGUUAGUUUGCAUGCAUCGUGUGCAUGUACGUCUUGUGCACAUGGCUUUUGUCACGAGAAAAUACAUCUUUAUUGCCACACAGUUUAAUAAUACCUUCCUAUGGAUAUUUUGGCUCAAAUUUCAACCUACUGAAGGACCAAUCCCACGAACAAUCGGCAGAGUAAGUUCAAAUAUAAUUGUAUUUUUUAUUUUUUUAUUUCACCUUUAUUUAACCAGGUAAGCCAGUUGAGAACAAGUUCUCAUUUACUACUGCGACCUGGCCAAGAUAAAGCAAAGCAGUGCGAUAAAACAACAACACAGAGUUACAUAUGGAAUAAACAAAAACAUACAGUCAAUAACACAAUAGAAAAUAGAAAAUCUAUAUACAGUGUGUGCAAAUGUAGUAAGUUAUGGAGGUAAGACAAUAAAUAGGCCAUAGUGCAAAAUAAUUACAAUUUAGUAUUAACACUGGAGUGAUAAUGUGCAGAAGAUGAUGUACAAAUAGAGAUACUGGGGGUGCAAAUGAGGAAAAUAAAUAACAAUGUAAAUAACAAUAUGGGGAUGAGGUAGUUGGGUGGGCUAAUUACAGAUGGGCUGUGUACAGGUACAGUGAUCGGUAAGCUGCUCUGACAACUGAUGCUUAAAGAUAGUGAGGGAGAUAAGUGUCUCCAGCUUCAGAGAUAUUUGUAGUUCGUUCCAGUCAUUUGCAGCAGAGAACUGGAAGGAAUGGCGGCCAAAGGAGGUGUUGGCUUUGGGGAUGACCAGUGAGAGAUACCUGCUGGAGUGCAUACUAUGGGUGGGUGUUGCUAUGGUGACCAGUAAGCUAAGAAAGGCGGGGAUUUACCUAGAAGGGAUUUAUAGAUGACCUGGAGCCAGUGGGUUUGGCGACGAAUAUGUAGUGAGGGCCAGCCAACGAGAGCGUACAGGUCACAAUGGUGGGUAGUAUAUGGGGCUUUAGUGACAAAACGAAUGGAUAGACUACAUCCAAUUUGCUGAGUAGAGUGUUGGAAGCUAUUUUGUAAAUGACAUCGCCGAAGUCAAGGAUCGGUAGGAUAUCAGUUUUAUGAGGGCAUGUUUAGCAGCAUGAGUGAAGGAGGCUUUGUUGCGAAAAAGGAAUCUGAUUCUAGAUUUAACUUUGGAUUGGAGAUGCUUAAUUUGAGUCUGGAAGGAGAGUUUACAGUCUAACCAGACACCUAGGUAUUUGUAGUUGUCCACAUAUUCUAAGUCAGACCCGCCGAGAGUAGUGAUUCUAGUCGGGUGGGCGGCUGCAAGCGGCGUUCGAUUGAAGAGCAUGCAUUUAGUUUUAUUAGCGUUUAAGAGCAGUUGGAGGCCACAGAAGGAGUGUUGUAUGGUAUUGAAGCUCGUUUGUUAACACAGUAUUAAACAUUCGUGACCAACAAGGGACGUUUAGGUUUUUUUCUAUGUAAGUGUGCGUGGCUAGCAACAAUUGGGAAUACUAGCUAGCCUGUGUCUGUCUGUACUAGCUAUCAUGCCACUCAUUGUCAUGCCAAACAGCAAUGGAGUUGGCAUUGGCAAGAGCACAAACAGUUCUGGGACUAGGCUAGCUCAAGAUGAGCUCUUAAGGAGUGUGGGCUAGCCUACUGCUUUUCCAUCCAAGAUGAUACAUUUUUAUUUGUCACAUGCGCCAAAUACAACAGGUGUAGGUAGCCCUUAUAGUGAAAUGCUUACUUACAAGCUCUUUCCCAACGUUGUAGUCCCUACACCCAAACGAGGGCAUUGCGUUCAUCCACCUCUGGCCUGCUGGCUCCCCUACCUCUGCUGAAGCACAGUUCUCGCUCAGCCCAGUCAAAACUGUUCGCUGCUCUGGCACCCCAAUGGUGGAACAAGCUCCCUCACGACGCCAGGACAGCGGAGUCACUCACCACCUUCCGGAGACAUUUGAAACCCCACCUCUUUAAGGAACACCUGGGAUAGGAUAAAGUAAUCCUUCUAACCCCCCCCCCUCCUUACCCCACACCACCACCACCCCCCCAAAAAAAAGAACAAAAAAAAGAUAAGAGUGUCUGCUAAAUGACGUAAAUGUAAUGUAAAAAAUAAUACGAAAAAAAAACACAUGAGAAAUAAACCAUUAUGUUCAGAGGUAAACUGGCUUUGGCAGCCAAAACAGCCUGAUACUCAAUCUAAACUUGAAUCGAAUUGUGAUACAUUUCUAGAAACACGUCUAUGAAUACUUUUAAUAUCACAUCAAAAUAAUUGUACAAAUGCAAAAUAUACACUUACUGUACACUUAAAUACAGUUGCAGCCGAUAGUAUUUUUUUUAGUACCAACACUUUUCUGGCGUCCUUCUUCCUUUACACACAGGUGUUCAGAGAUGCUAGAUAGCUAGAAAAGGUGUGGUGAAUUUCCACAAAGGAUUAAGGCCUACCCCAGUGUUUUACCAAAAAGGCUCAGACUUUUGUGUUUUCACCUCCACGGCCCUGCUCCAGUGUCUCACUGGGCCAUGGCCUCUGGAACUGCUCUGACUUGGGGCCAAGGCGAGGCCACUGGUACUUUUUUGCUGGAAUUUACAUAACAAUGGCUAACUCUGAACCUGGGUUAACCCCUUCCACUGUUAACACUUCACAAAGCAGCUGUGGUGAUAAUGCAGAGGUUGUUGAUUCUGUCAAUUCUUGUCAAACACUGAUGGAAACACAGUUCCCAAAAAAUAACACUAGAGCCAACAUGAACAUAAUCACUGGCGACACUGGUGCUGUAAUGGAAAAACCGUGCAACAAGAUGGCCAUGUGGGAUUCUCGUAAAAAAUGUGUAUAUGACCUUAUUUUUUUAACCUUUUUUUUUUUUUUAAGAAGAAGAAAAAGAAAAAAAUGAUGAUAUGAAAGUAACGUUCUAAAGGUUUCCUAUCUAAAACCGUAAACAAUUCUCACUUGCGAAACGUUUAGACAGUGUCGGGACUGUUGUACAUAUUGGCCAUGCCGUCGUCAAUGCUUUGCAUGAGAACCCAACAGGGCCCACCUAGGACCAGGCUAUAUAGAUCCAUGUUGUUUUCUGCUUACUUAUAUUAUUUGAUUAUAUAUUGUAUUAUUAUUAUAUUUAGUCUGUUUUGUUAUCUUGUUUUGUAGGAUAUGAAUCGAGAAGUUGUCAAAGCGGACAGUGCAACUACCAGAAUUCCUGAACUGGAUUUUGAAAUCCCCCCAUACACACAGAAGGGCUGUAAGUACUCCGUCAACUUUUGCUGAUUUGGAAAACAAUGUUCACUUUUCAUGCAUACGUACUACUGUCAUGUUGCCACUGAUUCCAGAAAUUAGGGUCACCCAUUGUCGGCCUGAGAAUUGCUAGCUUGGUCCCAGAUCUAGAGAAUUCCCUUUUGUCUGUUCAUCCAAUAAUACUGUCUUUUACUGCUGAGAUUCCUCUUAGCUUUUUUACUGGAAUCAUUUUUAUCCUUUAUUUAUAGAGUAGGAAUGUAACGAUUCACCAAUACGCAUCGGUCCCCUGUUCAAAUGUUUAAGAUAUGAGUGCAUCAGUCUGUGGGACCCCAAACCGAUCCAAAUGUAGCAUGCAUCGGUCAGUAAGUCGGUUCAAAUGCUGAUUCACUAAAACAAUUUGCUCAGAUUACUUUCUUUCUACCUCCCAAAAUAACUAAUAUUUUGUGACAACUGCAUCCUCUCCUUCAGUGUCGAACUAAGCAUGUAAUUAUGUUGACACUCAUUGAUCUACAAGUCAUUUUGCAAACCUAACAACCCCAGGCAAUAUCAGCAGCCUAGUCAAACUGUGCGCUGUGCACAGCUUUGUGCAGUGACCAAAGAGAGGUAGGCCUAUUCCUGAUCUGGCACGUCUGCGCGUCACCUUCACCAUUCAAAUAUUUACAAAAAUGUCUUGUGCAAUAUUAGGCUUUAUUAGUUGAGUGACAACCAAUGUAAUUUUCUAUGUAAUUUCUUAUCAAAUGCACUGUUGAAAAUUGUGUUUUACUGGAAUAAAAGUAGCCUAAGCUACCACCGGGGAGACAACUCUCAUCUGGCUAUAGGUAGGCUACAUGCUGAUCGGGGCUUACAUUGGAUUUUAUUUCGAUUGUUUAGGUUCACCAUCAGCAAUAGUUUUGGUAGUUUUGCUUGAAACAAUCAGUAUAUAUGGUCAUUUUUAGAUAUACAGGGUAAAGUUGAUCAUUUCAUAACGAGGACAGCAAUCACUUUUGCUACCCGCACUCAAUGUUGUCUGCUGAGCGCACACUUGAAUGUUGUGAAAAUUCAGUGCAACUUCUGGCACUGAGGCUGUACCCGUUUUUAAAUUACAGUCAAAACAGUGGCCAAGAAGGCUAUUUGAUCAUAAUGUAGGCCUACCAGAGUGGCCUACCAUCAAAAACAAUGGAGAAAAUGCAUCCCAUAACAUUUAAACAUGGAAAUAUCUGUUCUAUCGUUCAGCCUACAGUAGCAGCCAAUGUGUGGUGUUCAAUGUAGGCCUACAUUCCAUGAGACUUUUGAAAAAAACAUGUAGGGAUUGACAUUAACCUGUUUAUCCACUUGUCAUUCAGACAAAGUGACUGAAAAUGUAGUUAGAUGCAAGAAACCACUUUACAAAAUAAAAAUCAUUAUUAUUCCCUUACAAUUAUUACAGGAAAUCAGACAAAUUAUGCUAUGCUCUGCCUAUUGGCUACUUAGCUUAUUCAAGCCUGUCUCAAAUUAUAACACUGCCCUGUUAAGACAGAAAGAAAGAGAGACCUGAAAAUUGCUGUGGUGCGACGCUCCCCAUCCAACCUGACAGAGCUUGAGAGGAUCUGCAGAGAAGAAUGGGAGAAACUCCCCAAAUACAGGUGUGCGAAGCUUGUAGCGUCAUACCCAAGAAGACUCGAGGCUGUAAUCACUGCGAAAGGUGUUUCAAGAAAGUACUGAGUAAAGGGUCUGAAUACCUACGUAAAUGUUUUAUUUUUUUUAUACAUUUGCAAAAAUGUCUAAACCUGUUUUCGCGUUGUCAUUAUGGGGCAUUGUCUGUAGAUUGAUUGAGGGGGGAAAAAACGAUUUAAUCCAUUUUAGAAUAAGGCUGUAACAUAACAUCAUGUGGAAAAGUCAAGGGGUCUGAAUACUUUCUGAAUGUGCUGUAUACAGUACAUAAUUCAAACACACACACACAAACAGAUCCAGCUCAGAGAGGCCGAGCUCCUGAGCUCCAUCGGCAUCAGAUUUUAAUUGGAAAUUGAAUGUGUGUAUGCAACAAAUGUCGCAUCAAUUCGUUCCUCUAAUCAAACCACACUGAAUCGUUGCAAACUAAAACCUAUCGUUCCUGUAUCGUAUCGGAUAAUCCUUCUGGAAAGAGAAAGCUGCACAUCCCUAUUAUACAGGUGUUUGCCGACAGCAGCACAGUGUUGUAAACUUGACUUAAUUAAUCCAACUGUUGUAGUAAGUGAAGCUGUAUGCAUUUAGGAGAUGAAGAACAGUUUUACAGUACCCAUCAACUUUUCCUCUUGCUCCCUAGCGCUCUCUACCAUCGAAGGCCUCUUAGACCGUGCAGUUGCAGGGUUGGAGCAAGACCAGCCACUAAGAAAUGUAUAAGCUUUGUUUACUUUGAUUUUACCAAAUGCCAUAUGUACUUCACUGCUUGUUGACUAAAUCAUGUUUAUGCUUGAAGGCAACUGCACCAGAAGUUGCUGUGAAAAUCAAUGAGUUCAUUGAUAAAUUGAAGAAGUUGAAAGAAGGUGAAAGUGGAUUCACACUGGUAUGUCCAAUUGUAUCACUCCAGCCUCUCAUCUGUGUACAAGAUUGAAGUUACAUGUAAUUAAACAUUUCUGGCUAUACAAUCAAGGCACAGGUUUAAUCAGAACUACAAUGUUCUUUUUUUACUCUGGAUUUCUUUCAGAAUGAACCUCUGUUUUAAGAUACAUGAGUAUGUGUGUUGUUAUUGUAGGUCAUUGAUGAUCCAUCUGGGAACAGUUUUGUGGAGAACCCCUUUGCGCCGCAGAAGGAUGAGGCUCUCUCGGUCAGCCACUACAAGAGAACUCCCCAACAGGACGCCCAGUUAGGAAUAAAGGCGAGUAGUUUGACUUGACACAUCACUACUCCUGUAAGGGGAACAUAUCUGUUUUAGAAAGGCAGUGCCUCGGUUGCUGUCCUCAAGAUGUCUUGUGCCAAUGCGUGUGGAAUCCUCACAGGAUAGAAGAAAACAAUAGACUGCAGACGCCAUUUGUAAUUUGACCCAUGUUCACCAGUAAACUUUUAUCUAGCAUAAGAAAAAUGCGACUUAAAAAGAAAAAAUGUAUGUCCUUUUUUUGUUGUUGCUCAGGCUGAAGACGAAGAGGAAAAGCCCAGUAAUGACAUUGACAGUAUGAGAAAUGAGGUGGGAUUUCCAGACAUUUUGCAUCAAAAUAUUGAUUGAGUUUUUCCUCAAUUUACCCUGGAGUAAUAUAUCUAAUUUCUCCUUCAGGUGUUGACAUUUAAUACGAACUGUCCAGAGUGCAAUGCCCCAGCCUCGACAAACAUGAAGCUUGUCCGUAUCCUUCCCAGUCUCUGUUUGACCCCAACAGUGGUGUAGUGGAGGGUUAACGCUAGUAUUGCACGGUAUACUGAAACUUCUGUACUUUUUCGGUACUACAACAUGGAAAAACAGUUCGGAACUAGAUUUUUUAUAUAUUUUUUUUACUUUCGGUACUUCUGUCAAAUGUGUCUCAGGUCAUAUACGGAUUGAGAGGAUCGAGUGUGUCUAGUAAUUUGUUUGAAUCUUCUCAAGGGGGUAGUAGUAAGCUAGCCAGGCUACUUGACAUAGUGCAAGCCACUUUUGAGAAGCAAGCGAGAGGAGAGCGAAAAUGCCGGUGGUGCAAAGCAGUGCAGUGAAAGGGAGGUUUAGUUCCCAAACGACAUACAAAACUAUUUUACACAUUGUAACGUUAUUCUACUAGCAAUUAUAUUCAAAAUGACAUUAAUAUGAUUACAACCCAAAGGUGAUGUGAAAUGCACUCAUAACUUCCCUAUGACAGCAAUUCAUUUAGAUUAGGCCUACUUCGUGUUUGUCUGGGCUUGCUAGCAGUAGCCAGCCAGCAGCCCUGGGUGGAGCAUUGCACCUUGAGAGUUGAAAAGCGCUCUGGGAAUCAUGGUAUGCUGUGUAAAGUCCAUUGUAGAGACUUGCACUACAGAAGCGUCAGUGUUUUGUUUUUUUUAUGUAGUUUUGGAACUAAAAUAUUAAUUUAAUACAUUAAAUUAUUUAGCUGUAAUGAAUAAUUAAUCAUAGGUCUAAUAAAUGUAAUUUGACCCAAUAUUAUGGCCAUAGAUGAGCAAAUGAACCCUGAUAUGUAUCAAUUACAUUCUACAACAGUUUAGAUAUAUUGUAAAAUGAUUUUGUAUGCUCUGACUCUCAUGGUUUUGCAUAAGGAAAAUGCAAGAUAUUUUUCUGUUAUUUAAUAUGGUGUUAUUUUUGAAGGAAAUUGUAAAUAUAGAAUAGAAGAUACUUUGGUGUUCUACCAGUUAUCAACAUAUUGGUUCAAUGUUUAUUCUGUGACUAGCUAAUACGCUUUCUUUUAAUGUGGUUUUGGUGUUGUAUCGUGAUACUAAACCUGUUAGCGGUAACGAAGUCAAAAUGUGGGUAUCGUGACAACUCUAGUUCACACACUUAAAAGCCAUUUACGCACCUUUUUCAUUUUGCGCGAGCAUUCCUCUCCUUUUGCAGAAAAAUGCAUUGAAAGUAUAGGGAGCGUUACUUUAAUCACUGCAAUUGGCGAUCAGUGUUUACCCACCUACACUACUGUUCAAAAGUUUGGGGUCACUGACCUUCUAGGCAGAGUUGCAAAGAAAAAGCCAUAUCUCAGACUGGCCAAUAAAUAGAAAAGAUUAAGAUGGGCAGUCUGAGAUAUGGCUUUUUCUUUGCAACUCUGCCUAGAAGGUCAGCAUCCCGGAGUCGCCUCUUCACUGUUGACGUUGAGACUGGUGUUUUGCGGGUACUAUUUAAUGAAGCUGCCAGUUGAGGACCUGUGAGGCGUCUGUUUCUCAAACUAGACACUAAUGUAUUUGUCCUCUUGCUCAGUUGUGCAUCGGGGCCUCACACUCCUCUUUCUAUUCUGGUUAGAGCCAGUUUCCGCUGUUCUGUGAAGGGAGUAGUACACAGCGUUGUACGAGAUCUUCAGUUUCUUGGCAAUUUCUCGCAUGGAAUAGCCUUCAUUUCUCAGAACAAGAAUAGAUUGACGAGUUUCAGAAGAAAGUUAUUUGUUUCUGUCCAUUUUGAUCCUGUAAUCAAACCCACAAUUGCUGAUGCUCCAGAUGCUCAACUAGUCUCAAAAAGCCAGUUUUAUUGCUUCUUUAAUCAGCACAGCAGUUUUCAGCUGUGCUAACAUAAUUGCAAAAGGGUUUUCUAAUGAUCAAUUAGCCUUUUAAAAUGAUAAACUUGGAUUAGCAAACACAACGUGCCAUUGGAACACAGGACUGAUGGUUGCUGAUAAUGGGCCUCUGUACGCCUAUGUAGAUAUUCCAUUACAAAUCAGCCGUUUCCAGCUACAAUAGCCAUUUACAACAUUAACUAUGUCUACACUGUAUUUCCGAUCAAUUUGAUAUUUUAAUGGACAAAAAAAAAAUGCUUUUCUUUCAAAAACAAGGACAUUUCUAAGUGACCCCAAACGUUUGAACGGUAGUGUAUAUUUUUACCACUACUUCACUGGUCCCCAGUCAGUGGUGGAAAAAGUAUGCAAUUGUCAUAUUUGAGUAAACAUAUAGAUACCUUUUUAAUAGAAAGUUACUCAAGUGAAAGUCACCCAGUAAAAUACUACUUGAAUAAAAGUCUAAAAAUAUUUGGUUUUAAAUAUACUUAAGUACCAAAAUUAAAAGUAUGUCAUUUAAAAUUCCUUAUAUUAAGCAAAGCAGAUGGCACCAUUUUCUUGUUUUUAAAAUGUACGGAUAGCCAGGGGUACACUCCAACACUCAGACAUCAUUUACAAACGAUGCAUUUGUGUUUAGUGAGUCUGCCAGAUCAGAGGCAGUAGGGAUGGCCACGUGUUCUCUUGAUAAGUGCGUGAAUUGGACCAUUUUCCUGUCCUGCUAAGCACUCAACAUGUAACGAGUACUUUUGGGUGUCAGGGAAAAUGUAUGGAGUAAAAAGUACAUUAUUCUCUUUAGGAAUGUAGUGAAGGAGAAGUUUUCAAAAAUAUAAAUGGUAAAGUACAGAUACCCAAAAAAACUACUUUAGUACCUUCAAGUAUUUUUACACCACUGUCCCCAGUAGUGUCCUAUGAUAAAGGUGGUGUAUAAUGUUUCAAUUUGCAAGGUGCAGGUAUCCUCCUUUACAAUUCCUCAGAAAUCCCCCAUUUCAAAGAAGUCAUUAUCAUGGCAACAAACUGUGAUGACUGUGGACAUCGAACCAACGAAGUAAGUUUCCUCUUUUUUUAUCAUUAAUUCAUUGUCAGGCACAUUUUAUUUUCAAGGCAUAUUCAUAGAUUGCAAAUAUCCUAAUAUGAUUGCAUGACUAUCUACUCUGUGGUUAAGGUGAAAUCUGGUGGCGCCACAGAAGAGCUGGGCACGAAGAUAACCCUUCACCUCACUGACUUGUCUGACAUGUCCAGAGAUCUUCUCAAGGUAGCCCCCUCCAUUGUACUGCCUGUCUUUUAUCUGGCAUUCACUAGUUUUACUGUAGCAUUGCAUUAGCCUGGUCCCAGGGCUGUUUGUGCUUUUUCCAACUCAAUUACUGCCAUUGUCAAGCCAAACAAUACAUACACCAGGGAUCAUCAACUAGAUUCAGCCGCGGGCUAAAAAAAAAUAUUGAGCGGAUGGUCAGGGGGACGGAACAUAAUUACAAAUAAUUUGUAGACUAAAAAUGUACCGCAAGAAACCCAAACCAAUAUAUUUGACUAAAACAUAAUCAUUUGUAUACGAUCACAUAUACAGUAUCUCUCUAUUAUGCGUGGGAAUACUUUGGAACAGAUUUCCAAAAUUAAAAUCACUUGGAGCUAAUUUGCUGGUGUUUUUCCAGUCUUUUAUUUCCAACAAUAAAAAAUAAAACAACUUGGGGGGCCAAAUAAAAUCACCCUCGGGCCAAAUCAAAGGACUUGUUUCCAUUGUGGGCCUCGAAUAAAGCAUACAAAGAGGAACAUGGAACUUUUUCACAGGAGAGCAUUCCUAUUCCUGAAUCAUGAUGGAGUUGAUUCAACAAUACACAAAAAUGUAUGCAUGCAUGACUAAGUCGCUUUGGAUAAAAGCGUCUGCUAAAUGGCAUAUUAUAUUAUUAUAUAUUAUAUGUUGUGGUUGUUUGUGCAGUCGGAGACAUGUAGCAUCCUCAUACCUGAGCUGGAAUUUGAGUUGGGGAUGGCAGCUGUCGGCGGCAAAUUCACCACCUUGGAGGGACUCCUCAAAGACAUCAAAGAUCUGGUAAACCCUUUUAAUGCUUUAUUCAGUCGGUUGAGAAGGAGAGGGGGAAAUGGAUGAAGGGGAGACAUAUUAUGAAGGGUGCACACAGGGAUUGAACUCCAGUCUCCAGUGGAGAGUUGUAUAUUUUUUAACGCCGGUUGUGUUCCACUGGCUCUGCACCUGGGCUGAUGUGCUGUAAUUCCAAGGCAGCGAUGCACAACUCCAGUCCUUGAGGGAUGCUGUUUCUGCUGAUUUCAUUUUCACCUCUUUAAUUAGUGACUGAUUUAGACCUGUGAAGCCAGAUGUGGCCAAUCAUUUACAUUAAUUGAUUAGUUAAAUUCUAGGUAGAAACCAAAACCAGCAGGACUGCCGUCCUCAAGGAUUUGAGGUGUGCAUCCCUGGUCUAUGGUCUCUUUCAUUCUGCUAUUUUGAAUUCAUGUUUUUCCUCCACCACUUUGUUUUCCUCCAGAUUGUUUCCAAAAAUCCAUUCACUUGUGGAGACAGCUCCACUUCAGAUCGAACAGAGAAACUGAAGCUUUUUGGCCAGAAGAUUGACAAGGUUAGAGGCAUAAAAUUAUUGAAUAAGCCUAUCACUAAUGUUUUGUUUGGAACUAGUUUUGGUCCCACUUUACAUCUAUAACCUAAGUGUAAUUACACAUCCCAAAGUACUUACAACUGUUAGUGAUGUGUGGAAUUACACAUGUUUUUACAUUUAUUUGCAUUUGAUUUUUGGAACUUACUCAGACUAACUUAUUGUCUCACUCUAGAAUUGUUGUUUAAGAUCCAUUCGAUACAUUAUCUCCAUUUUGAGUUUAUUGCAAUUCUUUGAAACUGAACGUGACCAACUGGUAUAACAGUUGUAAAUACUAACAAUGUGUAACUACACUGUAAAUGCAUUGUAACUACCAUGUAAAUAUAGAGCUUUUCGGACAUUUAAUGUAUUGGUACCCUAGUUUUAUAGUUUAACUAGGAGGCAUUUAUUCAGCUAUUUUAUACAGUAAGUGUAUACUGGCCCUCAAUCAUCAAACAACUGUUAGUAUGACGUUUUUGUACAUUUGAGUCAUUUAGCAGACACUUCUCCAGAGCGACUUACAGGAGCAAUUAGGGUUAAGUGCCUUGCUCAAGGGCACAUCAACAGAUUUUUCACCUAGUCAGCUCGGGGAUUCGAACCAGUGAUCUUUUGGUUACUGGACCAGCGCUCUUAACCGCUAGGCUACCCGCCCUGCAGAAAUGUUAUUUAGACUUCAGAAAAGCUCAAGCAAGAAUUUCACAUUUGAUUGAUCAAACUUGAGUGAACUGCUUAUUAGGGUGCAUAUGCUGUAUCUGAGAAGAUGUUUGGCUAGGCAACAAAGUAGUAGUGUUGAAUGGAGAACAGUCUGGCACCCAUGCUGAAACUGUUGUAUUUAAAAGUUCAAUGGAGGCUGGAGUCGGACUUUAAAACGCCUCUUCUUUUGAAAAAUACUAUAGAUCAUGGCGGGAGACAUGGACGUUCACAUUGUUCUCGAUGACCCUGCAGGGAACAGCUAUCUCCAGGUAUGAGAACACUUCUCUUUCUCAGAUCUUUAAAGGGAUAGUUUGGGAUUUUGUAUCUGCGUUCAGUAUGAAGGAAUGAAGAGGUAGUUUCGCGAGCCAAUGCUAACUAGUGUUAGUGUAAAUACCAGUCAUUACGCCAACACUAGUUAGAAACAGAUAUGGUAUCCCUUUAAGGUUCAAACACGUAGUCUCCUCUCAGUGGAUUAAUUUGUCAGUUUCAUGAAUCACAUUUACAUUUCCCGCCCUUGUUCAUUAACAUACUGUCUGAAUGUAGUGAAUUGGAAUGUAUUUGUAUCAUGUUUGUCUGCAGAAUGUCUAUGCCCCUGACCCAGACCCAGAGAUGACAACUGAGAAGUACACCAGGACCUUUGAGCAGAACGAAGACCUUGGUCUGAAUGACAUGAAGACAGAGGGCUAUCAGGAGUAAGGACAUCUGCAGCAGAUGGGAUGAUCUUACAAAAACAACGCUUUCUAUGGAAAUUAAUUUGAGACAUUUGCCCUCACUGAAGUUCACAAGGAUAUGUGGUCCAGAUGUCUUGCAGUUUUGAUAUUUGAACACAAAAUGGUUGAAAAGUGAGCACUUAUUUAAAAGGAAGCAAUCAAUGUUUAUCAUUUGAUUAGAAAAGUAU